AUGGACCACAGGAGAGGAGGGACUGCGGCACCGGACGAGCCCUAUGAUGCCAUCCGUGCGGGGUCAAUUGACGGCACCGACCCGGAGCCACACGACCACGCCAUCCUGCAUGAUCCGUCGCAGGACCCACAAAUCAGGGGCUCGGCUCGCCGCACUGUGUUCGUAGGGCGGCUCGACUUUGUGACAAACGAGGAGACGCUGCGGACCACGUUCGAGCGCUUCGGCCCCAUACGCCACCUGCGCCUGGUGCGCGACAUCGUGACGGGCAAGUCCAAAGGCUAUGCCUUCGUCGAGUACGAACACGAGAGCGACGCACACGCGGCCUACCGGGACAUGCACGGUAAGGACAUAGAUCAGGCCCGCGUGCUGGUGGAGAUGGAGCGAGAGAGGACCAUGGCAGGCUGGGUUCCGCGGCGCCUCGGCGGCGGGCUCGGGGGCAAGAAGGAGUCGGGGCAGAUACGCUUCGGCGGGCGAGACCGACCAUGGCGCCAGCCCCUCCGUUUCAAUCAGCUAGCGCAGCAGAGAGGCGGAAUGUCGGGCGAACGCGGCGGCAGGCAGGCCGAGAGGGAGGCGUCGGAGGACCUUGCGCAUAGGCAGCGCGACAGGGGCCAGGAGGCGGAGGGAGGUGACCGGCGACAGCGGGAGGAACAACGCGGGCUCGAGCGGCGCGACAGCGGCAGAGGAGAGGGCGACCAUGCAGGAAGGCGAGGCCGAAGGGAGGACCCUGAGCACGAACGCAAGCGAGAACGAAGGGGGAGGGAUGACCGCGAAGACGAAAGGCGGCAAAGGGACCACGCGAGUCGGGACAGAGACAGAAGAAGCACCGACAGCGCAAGAGAUCACAAACGUUCCCGACGCGAUACAUAG